AGCUAUAUGACCCGGUGUUAUUGAGGGUGGGACCUCAGGCCGCCACUGUACGAGCGAAUAAGAAAACCAAUUCCACGUCAAUGAGGCACAAUUGGCUGUGCUCCAGCUAUGUCUAUGAACCUCAGGAGAAAGAGUAAACAAGAUGCUGCUUGGGAGGGAUGGAAUACAAGACAAGCCUGCCUUGGGGAAUUUUUGCCCCUGUCUCCUGAAGUAUCAUCGAGUCAGUACUCUGCAAUUGAAUGGUCAAGCAGUGAUGAAGAAAAUGACCAGGACAGACAUGAAACCAGUAAAAUUACUUCAGUUCCAGGAAUACGAGCCAUUCACUUGUCAAAAAAGAAACCACAAUUGUCAGCUUUUCCAAAUAAAUUGGAGUGGAGGGCUGAGCCAACUAAAGGUAACUCACUGAAGGAAAAGUCAGAAGCUAAUGAGUUAUAUCAUGCAAAAUCAUCAGAUCCCAGAUUGCCAUCUGACUCCCCAAUAUUAAAAAGAUCUCGUAUAGCAAAUGUAAAUAAGUUUCCAAGCCUUACAAACCAGAAUAAGAAUUCAGAUAGUAUAUCUUUGACCAUAUCUGAUAGCCAUCAGUAUAACAGAGAUUUUAAUAGUGACACAAAUUUCCACACUGCUUCACUUAAGACUCCUGAGAAGGCAAAGGAUGACAACACACUAUGCAGUGAUACAAACUUGAUAUCCCCUAUUAUAGGUUCCCAGCGUAGUACAGCAAAAGGACACAUUCCAAGAACAUCUAUUAACGAUAAUAGCAAUAUUAUCACAGAGCAAUGUUCUCCUGUUCUCAGAUCACAAAAUAUAGUAAAACGAAAAAUGGUAUUAAGCAAGCGACAUUUAGCUAAAAAAAAAAUCUUUGAUUUUGCUCCAAAAGAAACAAAAGGUGAUAAUGUAAUUCCAGAAUUAUGCAGAAACCAGACUGGAAAUGAAGUCCAUACACCUGCUGCAGAGAUCAAUAAAAAUGAGGAUCCUGUACAGUCUAAAAUCAAGAGAAGAAACCUGAGUCAUGCAUUUUCUUGGUUGGAACAUAAAAAACCUAAAAGUAAUGAAGAAAAUAAGGAUAAUAUAAAAUUAGAUCAUAUACCAAAACAAGCAUCUUGUGUGUAUACCGAACCUCAAAAAAUCAACACUGAUUCAUGUUUAAUGAAGAAAAGAAUGUAUAUUGAUAAAGAAGUAACAUACCAUUGCUUAAAAAUUGGUAAUGAUGAAGAGAGAGAUUGGCAUUUAAGAAAUAACUCUCAAAAUCAGAAAGCUUCUAGAUUCUCAGCUCUUAAAGAAUCUCUCCUCCAGGAUGAAGAAGACACUUGUGGUGAUGAUGUUGACAUUGAACAAAGCAGUUCACAAAACAGUAUUUUAAGGAGUGAAGUUGCCGAUAGUCAGUCAGAUGUUGGAAUUGACAGUAUUGCUUCACCGUGGAAGCAAGCGUCGGACAAUUCUGACAAAUCUUCUCUGGCGAGUUAUGAUGCCGCCAUCUCUGUCGAGUCAGCUCCUUCAUCUGCCCCGGCAACCAUGGCACAGGAUGAGAAACUUGUAACUGGUUCACAUUGGAUCAGAACCCUCCAACAACAUACACCAGAAAAGCCAUCACGUGGAGGAGCGACAGAAGGUGGGAUGGAAUCAGCCAAAAAGAGAGCAAAAAAAGAUGGCCACGGUGAGAGACUACGUCGACUGAUACUGUCGUGGCAGUCCAGUGUUCACAUGUGGGCCCACCAGGUCUCUCUCACUAAUGCACAUUGCCAAUAUACUGAAAUCUUAAAGGAUAAAUUUCAGACUAGACAGGCAAAAUCUGUGGCACACACUUCCUAUGCAGGAGUUACUGUGAAGAAGGAAAUUUUGAUGGAUAGUUCUAGUAAAAGUUUGCUAUCACCAGCAAUUAAGAAUUUGCAAAAUGCUCUCAUAGAAAGUCCUGUAUCAUCUCCUGCUGCUUCAGGGUUAGCGAGUAUACAGCACCACUUGCAGAUGCCAAAAAGAUAUUUAGAGGUUAGGAUUGUGAAAGUUGGUGGACGGUUGCCGAGCAAUGCAGCUGUAUGUGAAUUAAUCCUCCGAAGCCCUGACACGGAAACUAAUAUAAAACAGGAAAAUGAAAAGGAAACGUGUAGAUACAAAGAAAAAUAUCUUGUGUUUUUUGCUUUGCAAGAGCAGAAAGUUAGCAUCACCCUGCAUGUAAAUGAUGUGGCCAAAAUUUUCUCCCCAUGGCAUCAACUAGAUCUUCCUUCCUACAGCAUCCCCACACUAUUUACGUCGUACUUUAUCAUGCAUCAAAAUGACCUUACUAGAACUACAGAGCAGGUUUUGAAAGAUGACAGCAACUUGGAAAAUCAUGUAAAGACUGGUAGUGCAAACAAAACCUUGACAUCAUUUGUAAACAAAUCAAGACUAAAGAAGAAGAUAAUUCUGACAACUUGGGCCUGCUUAUGUUCAAGAGAUGAAACUGUGUUGCCAUCGAUGUGUGAUGUUCAUCAGCAUGCUGCUCAUCAUCCAUGUGUUCCCCAAGUCACCAGGACUCCCACAUCAUCACCUGUUCACCCAGGAUUCACUAUUAUAAAUGAUACACCAGAGGAGACUCCUUUACAGAAUGAAGCUCAUCCUGCAUGGACAAUUUUGGAAGCUAUAGAAAAAUGUGGAGGAGUCUCGGAUGUUCCUGUUACCAUUACUGUUCGCAUUCAUCGCAUCAUAACGCACAGGAAAGCAUCAGACAUGAUAAAAGAGUGGGAAUUAGUGGGCCAAGAUGCUGCUGGAGUGUUCUGUUCAUUUAAAAUCCCCAACCGUCCCCUCGCCUGUCAGCUGACUGAAUUACUGGAAAGAGGAGAAGGUUGCACGCAUACAUUAACACAAGUCACCAUUCAUCAGCGCCUUACCAAUACUCAAAAUCCUGCCUUAUUCUCUCUGAUAUCAUCACUACACAAAGCCUACCAGACUGAGAUAUGCAGUGAUCCACUCUUGUACCCACUGCUACAGAACCAGACUUCCUGCCCAUCUCAGACAUACUGCUAUGUUUUUAAUGUCCGUCUGGGGCUAACUGAACUUUUGCACACUGGAGACGAAGUAGUUAUUCCAGUUUCGCUACCUUAUUGGUCAUUAGAUGGAGCACUGCAGGUACUUUGUGAUGGGCAACGCGGCUGCUUGAGUCUCCACAUCCUUUACAAAGUUGAUUCAUUUCUCUACGUUGUGAACAAGGUCAUAAAAACGGAAGACACUCGUGAUUCUAUAACAACCCAAGACAACAUGGAUCAAAGCAAGAAAAGGGAGUUCCAUAGUAAGAAAGAGGCCAGUAAAAAUGAUUUUGAGAAACAAAAGUUUCUAGUGAAAAAGAUAAUGGUUGGAAGUGGAACGGUACUGCCUUCAUGGAUACCAGAAAGUGGUACUGUGAUGCAGAGUGCUCUUCUGCGGGAUGUAGUUAUAUGGAAUGGGAAUGUUAUGGUGGAUGAGUAUACCUUGGUACAGCAGCAAGAAACUUGUAUGAAAAUGAGCUUAUCUGCUUUACACAAGAUUCUUUUACCGUUAUCUGUUCAGACACAGCAUCAUGAUCUCACUCUCAUCUCAGGCAAAAUACUAAGAGUUGAUGAAGAAACUGCAUACACUUGGCCUACUUGUGGUGAAUGCAAAAGUGAUAAUGUACAAGAGAUGCCAAACAGUACAGAAGACUGCUUAGCUUGUGGACAAAAAUCUACUAUUCCUGGAACAGGGUAUUGCCUUGAGGUGUGGCUUGACUGUGGAUUAGAGCUUAAACUUGUAGAAGUCAAAGUGAAGCUUUACCAGAGAUCUAUUGAAAAGCUGCUGUCAGCCAUUAGUGGUUUACAAGAGGAAUAUGAUGCAGUAACACUUGUAGGGCAUCACAUCGGACCAAUGGUGUGUGUGCUGCUGGAGACCAGGAGAGCAAGACACACUCGCGGCCAAACCUACACGCUUACUGAGCUUCCAUAUUAGAUUUUAUUACAAGUUUAAUUGUAUAGCUUGGUAAUACUGUAUAGUGAUAACAUCUCACUUAAGUCAUAUUGUAUCAGACUUCAAGUACAUAUUUAUUUGAAUUUGGAAUUUGUGUGAUUACCUUUAUAACUUGUGAUGAUUUCGGGGCUCAGCGUCCCUGUGGCCCAGUCCUCAACCAGGCCUCCUUUAGAGUGGAACAAAAGUGAGGAGACCAGUGUGGAGCAAAAGUUGUGUAACAUUUUGCAGAACAGUCUACAUUUGUGCUUUACUUUGCCAUCUAAAGUACUGCAUUGGGGAUUUCUUACCUUUUGAUUAUAUAUGCACACUACAUGCAUCUCCUUUAUUUUACUGUUUAUAACCACACCACCUUUAUCUUACUGUUUAUGCAGACACACACACACAUCUCCUUUAUCUUAGCCUUCAUAAGUGCUUCCACUUAUCUUAUUCUGACAUAGAAAUCUGUGUGCAAAUAUAUACCUCUAUAUACAGUAUUGGUAAUUAGUAUAAUUUUGAUAUAAAGAAUGUACAGUAUUACAGAUUGAUAUAUUUUACUUAUAUAUUUGUCAUUUGUUGUGUGGUGAAUUAAAUAUUUUUGUAUACACAAUU